AUAAAAAUGAAUAAAUUAAUCCCAGCUAUAGUCUCAGAUAUUGACGGAGUAUUAAUUAGAGGAAAGUCAAUCAUUCCUAAUUCAGACAUAGUAGUCAAGCAAUUAUUGAAUUGUCAUUACACAAAUGGAGAAAAACAUAAUAUUCGAAUUCCCUUUUAUUUAUUAACAAAUGGAGGAGGAUGCACAGAAUUGGAAAAAGCUAAUUCUUUAAACAGAAUCAUGGGUUCAAAUUUUAAAAAACAUCAUGUUUUUCUUAAUUACACUCCUUUAAGACCAAUAAUGGAUGAAUACAAAAAUAAAUUAAUUUUAAUUUGUGGAGCUGGCAAACUAACUGAAAUAGCAAAGGAUUGUGAUUUAAAAUAUUUUUACACUAUAGACGAAUAUUCAGCAUUGUUUGAUUAAGUUCCAUUUAAAGAUUAUGAAAAAGAAACUAUAAAAUAAUAUGAGACUGAUAUCAAAUAAAGAAAUAUGGAUUUGAUGAGAAACAAAUAAAUUGAAGCAGUCUUUAUAGUUUUUGAUCCAAUCAAAUGGGAAGAAAGUAUUUAAACAAUUUCGAAAUUGGUGAAAGAAAAUAAAGAUUUACCAAUAUAUGUAGUCAAUAAUGAUGUUACUUACGCUGAUUAUUUUAAAUUACCAAGAUUGGCAUUUGGAACAUUCACUAAUGCACUGAUUUCUAUUCUAAAGAAAGAACUUAAUAUAAAUCCAAAUAUUAUCUAUUAUGGAAAGCCAUCUCUUAAUACUUACAAAUAUGUAGAAACUUAUAUUAAUAAAAAACAUGAUAAUAUAGGUAAUAUCUACAUGAUUGGGGAUAAUCCUGCAAGUGAUAUUAGAGGAGCAAAUUAAAUAGGAUGGCCAUCAUUUUUAGUGAGAAGCGGAGUGUUCAGAGGAAGUGAAAACGAUGCAUAAGACCCUGGAAAAUAUGUUGUAAAAGAUUUAAUGGAUGCGUAUAAUAAGAUAUUGCAAUUAGAAGGAUUAAAAGUUGUUUAAUGAU